ACAGUAACUACAAUAAUGUUAUUCUUGGGCCCAGGUGCAGACAGGUGGCAAAAUGCGGAUGUUAUUGUGGACUACAACACAGCAGAUCCUCUAAUCCGCUGGGACUCCUACCAGAACAUCUGUGAUGGUGAAGCGCCACGCUCUCAAGGCCUAACCCAGGACAAAGCGGCUAACAAGAGGAGCCCCAACGGAGGAGAGGCCACACUGGGCAGAGGGGCCCGUACAACCUCCGCCACCUCCAGCCCUGACCACAGCGACCACGCCCUCUCUGUCAGCAGUGAUUCUGGCCUGUCUAGCACUUCUCUGUGGGCAGACCGACCCACACCUGUCACCGCCACCGCUACCGCCAACGCCAUCACCUCCACCAUCAAACCUAACCAGGGCCCCAGCCAGCAGGAAAAGGUCCAGCUGAAGCGCCUUUUAAGUGGCUUUGGUGUUGAGGACCCCUCACUGGAGGAGAUGGAUGAUCAAGGCCCUAGAGUGAGCUUCCAGCAGAUAGUCCCAGCGCAAGUGCACAUCAACGGAGACCCCAGACCCCGAGAGAGAGAAACGGACAUCCUGGAUGAUGAGGUGAUCACAGGUCAUGAUCUGCACAGUGUGGACAGCUUAGGGACCUUAUCGUCCUCCUGUCACAAGAGCAGCCAGAACUCCCUCCUGUCAGAUGGUUUUGGGAGUCCAGGAGGAGAGGAGCAGCAAAACCAAAGCCAGCACCACCUCCACCACCCUGCACCCCCUCCCAUGGAGGAGUAUGAGAGGGCCUAUGCUGAGACUAGGAGAGGCUGUCUGAGCUCCAGGAGCAACUCUGUGGCCACCUCUAAUCCAAGCAGUGCUACCAUGCCCAAGCAGCAUGUCUACAGACAGGGAAGCUACUCCACACAGUCCUGGGUUCGCCAGCAGCAGAUGGUUGCCGCACAACAGUUUCUCUACAUGCCAGAGGACGGAAACGAUACAGAAAGAUACCCUGUGAACAAGCAAGGGAGCAGUUCACCUAAAGCAGGCCUUUCCACAGAACCACAGGGCCCUACUAGGGAUGUGACGACAGAUGCUCUGAGAAGCGCGGCACCACACACGGAGCAGGCAACUAUAAACAAUAACAACAACAACAAACGCGAUGAGGAGUUCAAAUCUCUAACGUUGGACAUUGACAACUCCAUUGACCAGCUCAACCAGCUGAUCAUGGACCUGGAUCCCACAUUUGUGCCGGUACCAAGCCAUUGCAGCUCCAUCAAGAGGAACGGAGGGGCGCACGUGAACGGCUCAGUCUCCAAAUGCUCAAACGACAUCAAUCUCAGAUUCAACGAUAAUAACACAGCAACCCUGAAAAACACACAGCAGACAGCUGUCCAGUCCAGUGAGGGGCGGGUGGGUGUCAUGCGGAGUCUGAGUCGCCAAGGAAAUGACAUCACGGAUCAUCCAGGCUUCUGUAACUCGGGGUGGGGUGGGACAGAGGAGUACAGGGGCCAGCGGACGUACUCCCCCUGUGUGACACAGUCCCAGCAUCACAUGUUGUACAGGAGUGACAGUGCUGACUACAGGGGCCAGGGCCCAGACAUGGACAGUGGGGUCGAGGCUGGGAGUGACAUGACUCCACCCACUCCUGCCUUCCCUAUCUCUCCGCCGACACCUUAUGUGAAAAACAUAUCAGAAUUCAAUCUCCUCAGGCAAACACCAUCUCCUAGCAUGCAGUCUUUUGGAGUCUACAGAACAGACCAUGAACCCCGGGGAUAUUCAGAGAUGAUCAGUCAUGUUGGAGUUGACGGUUUACCAGACUCCUCCAUCAACUGCCACAGGACGCUAAGUGCUACACACACGUCUUCUAUUGUUGGGACCCUUCAGCGGACAGACAGUUCAACCAUGAACCAGUCCUGGCCAGAGCAUCCCGUCCUGAGCCGCCACUCCUCUCUGAGCACCUACCCCUCUCCCAGACACCCACUGCAGCACGCCAUGUCACUGGACUACAGCCACCACUCUCCUCCCCUGCACCACCCCCACAUCCACCCUGCCCCCAAUGCACAUAGCUCUCCUCGAAGCAGCCAGCGAAGCUGUUUGGCUCGCUAUGCCCUCAGCCGCAGUCCCGCUCAAUGCUUUGAUGAGCAGGAUGACUCUGGCCUCAGCUAUGGCACAGACUGUCCAAACUCCACCUCUUCCCUGCUGAGAAAUGGAGGCAUGGACAGGGAACAUUUGACCUCCAUGGAUGGGCAGAAUCAGUCACAGCUGUCUCAGAUGCACCCCCCACUUCUGCCUGAGAAGAAGAGGGCAUCAGAUGGGGAGCAUUCGCUGGGAACAGCGUCUCCAGCUCACAGUGGGUUCUCGAGUCCCCACAGUGGGAGCACCCUGAGUAUUCCCUUCCCUAAUGUUUUGCCUGACCUCUCAGCUCAGAUGCCGGGCACAGCCUCACCUCUGCCAGAUGUACUGACCAGUAAGCAGGAUACAGUAAAAUUUGUGCAGGACACCUCAAAAUUCUGGUACAAACCAGAUAUCUCAAGGGAUCACGCCAUUUCAGUCUUGAAGGACAAGGAGCCUGGCUGCUUCAUCGUGCGGGACAGCCAUUCCUUUAGAGGGGCCUAUGGACUGGCAAUGAAGGUGGCUACUCCCCCACCCUCAGUUCUCCAGCAGUCCAAGAAAGGAGGCGAUCUAGCCAAUGAAUUAGUACGCCAUUUCCUGAUUGAGUGUACACAGAAAGGAGUGCGGUUGAAGGGUUGCCCCAAUGAGCCCUAUUUUGGAAGCUUAACUGCACUGGUCUGCCAACAUUCUAUCACUCCUUUGGCCCUGCCCUGCAAACUCAUCAUACCAGACAGCGAUCCUCUUGAAGAUGUUGUGGAGACUACAUCACAUUCAGUCACCAACUCUGCCGCUGAGCUGCUAAAACAGGGCGCAGCCUGCAAUGUGUGGUACCUAUGCUCUGUGGAGAUGGAGUCGCUAACGGGCGUCCAGGCGGUGCAGAAAGCCACCAGUAUGACUCUGAGUGCCGACCCUCCACCAACCUCCACUGUAGUCCACUUCAAAGUGUCCUCCCAGGGAAUCACCCUCACAGACAACCAGAGGAAGCUCUUCUUCAGGAGGCAUUACAAUGUCAAUACGGUCAUAUUUUGUGCAUUGGACCCUCAAGAUAGAAAGUGGAAUAAUGAUGGCUGCUCUUCAGCAAAGAUCUUUGGCUUUGUGGCGAGGAAAACUGGCACUUCUAUGGACAAUGUCUGCCACCUGUUUGCAGAGCAUGACCCCGAGCAACCAGCAAGCGCCAUUGUGAACUUUGUUUCCAAGGUGAUGAUUGGCUCGCAGAAGAGUAAGUAGGCCUGCAACGGACUGAGCUGAUCUCCUGGAUAGACUUUUACUCAGAGUAGAAACAUGGGAUAAAAACUGAAAGGCUGAAGAAAGGACAAAAUGUCAGGACUGAAGACGGCAGUGACAUUAAACGUGGAUAUUAACUGGAUGUUCAAUACGUAAUGAUCACUAACCAGCACCAGGACAUUUAAUGACAUAUUUUAAUAGAAAAAUAUAACCCCCCUUCUGUUGUUCUUCUUUCCUAUAAAAAUUAACUAUAAAGUAGCCAAGAAAGAAAACAACUAAAUCAUAAGAAAUGUGUAAUAAUUAUUUACUGGUUUACAGUUAUAAUGUCUUAUACAGUUAGAUAUAGUCAUGCUCAACAUAUUUUUAGUACAUAACACACAUAACAUAAAGGCUGCUUUUCUUAUUCGUGUGUAGCAGUAAUAUGGAAAAAUCAAGAAAAACUUGUGUUGUUGCAUGUCAUGUUUUUGUCUCUAAUAUUUAACCACAACAAACAUAAUUCAAGAUAUUAACAUUCUAAAGUUGUAGCCGAUGUAGAAGCACCUCUGAUCUCCAUCUGUCCAGCGUGCAGUAUUUUCAAGUGGCAUUUAAAAUGUGGUGAAGCAGUGAGCAAAUAUGUAUAAUUUGAACUUUGGGAAUAGGCUGUCGCAUACAGGAUGAUCUUAUUUUAUCUAUGCAAUGUCAAAUUUUAUUUUUUUAAACCAUGACCUUCUGUACAUGUGCAGCAUGUAUGUGGCUUCUUUGAACUUGUUAAAUAAUUUUCUUCUUAAGAUAUAUGAUUGUGCGUGUGUGUUGAAAAGAGAGAACCCAUAGAAAAUAUUUUAAUUAAACCCUAAUAUAUUGACUUGACUCGAGUUGGUUAAAGACACAUCAGUACUUUGCGUAGUGGCACACCACUCAGCUGCCAAAAUUGUACUUUAUUUUGAACUCUUUGGGAGCUAAAUAACAGCACUGCAGUGUUUCAGUAUCAAAAAUGCAUCACUGUCCUUCAUUUUGUACAUUUAAUUUGAAUAAAAAAAAAAGACAUAGGCUGCUAUAUAGAGAGAACAAAUAUUGUAUUAUGCUUUAGUCUUGUACAAGUUCUUCAAAGAAAGAAAACGCUCAGUGUUGGAAUUGCAAAAAUAAAUUUAGGAUUUGAUAUACUCCUUUAGUUGUCAGUGACAUGUUCACUAAACUUGCUGUGGCCAUUUAAUCCAGAGAGGGACCUACCACCACAAUGCAGCUGUGUUUUUAUUAUGUAUUACCUGUUGUCAUCAUUUUAAUGACCUAAUCUGUACCUCAUACUUAUCUCAUACAAUAUGUGCUUCUGUGUAUAACAUGUUACAUGUGAACAGUUAAUUUGUAUAUUGAUAUUGCAUUGUUUGAUGCGUUCUGUAAAUAAACAAAAUGAAACAUUUGUUUAA